AUGCAAAGAAAGAACACCAUCGAACAUCAUCCAACAACAACAAGCACCACCACGGCAAGCUCACUCCAAUCAUCAUCUUCCUCCUCCGCAUCAUCAUUGGAUGAAGAGGAGAGAGAAGUGGAACGUCAAGAAUUUGUUCAAUUCCUCACCAACAUGUCCCAAUUAGAAUCCACUCACAAAAUUGUGCAUCUGAAUCGGGUUCCUUUUGUUGUGAGUAUGAGAGUCAUUCGGCCAAUCCUUAAUGCCAUUACAAGUGAUAUUCAUCACAUUACUACCUCCAAUCAUACAUUAACUUUGAAUGGAAUGGAUCAACAUAACAUAGCCCUGAAUCAAAAUACCAUGUCUCUAUUGGACGGCAUGGUCCAACAACAACAACAACAUUUAUAUCUUUCAUCGAUGGUGGUUGGAACAGCCUUUGAUUCAUCCUCGUCAUUGAAUCAUCAAAAUCAAGGAGGAAUGAAUCAUCCUUCUGGUUCAAUGGGACCUGGCUCUUUGGAUCCGAGUCAAUGGCAGCAAUCCUUGUUGGCUCCUCUCCAUUCAAACGCAUCACUGACACGUGAACACAAGGAACAAUCACUCCGGCUCCUUUUCUCGUGUACCAAUGGAAGUGAUGAAUACUAUGAAUGUGAUUUGGGAUUUGAAGAGUUACAAGAACAUCGCAGAAAGAUCUCCAUGAACCACUUGUCAUGGUCCAAUUAUUUGAAGUAUUUGAGAAAUGGAUUGUUUUACUUUGGGAGCAGCUCCAUGGAAAGGCUCCAACAGGAAACACUCAUGAGUGGCCAAAAUGUCCAUAAUAACACUACUAUAGGUAUCAGCAGCAAUAGUAGUAACAAUCAUGGUUUGUCCUCAGCAGAUGAUCCUACUCUUUCUCACGUCUCUCUUCAAUUUGAUGAGGAAAAUAAGGAAUCUAAGGAUAUUCUUCAAUUAGUCAUUUACUCUCCACUUCAGCAGCAGUCGAUGAUGAGUGUUUCCCAUCCCAAGUCGUCAUCCUCCCCAACAACAACAACUCUGCCUCCAUCCUCUGAAACUGGUCAAAAAGCUGGUUCGUCCUCAUUGACCUCAACCACAAAUUCUCCAUCCAUUCGCCUCAAAUUUCUCUUUGAACUCUACGCCGUUCGUCAUGUAGUUGAUUUUACACAAAAAGUUCAACAAUUAUUGUUUGAUUUGGUUUCGUACAAUUCAUCACUGAGUGAGGUUCGUUUAUUGAAAGAUGCCAAACUCAUCUCUGACUUGAGACGUGAAUUGCAAGAGACCAAGCAAAAACUUCGUCAAGCACAAGAUCGACUCAUUCUCUACCAGCCUGGUGGUGAUGUUGGCUCUGGCUACAAUAGUGGAUCCUCUGACAGUGACCACGAAAAGAAGUCCUCCACAGCCGCAAAAAGAAAAGCUCCCAAGAGUCUUAUUAAUCCCAAUCAGAAGAGAGUGACACAAUCAAGAGGUGCCAAAAUUCAAUAG